AUGCCUUCUUAUCUCAUCACCGGUGCAUCUCGCGGAAUCGGAUUCGAAUUCCUGCGCCAACUUGCCGCCGACCCCAGCAAUGUGGUCAUCGGUCUCGUGCGCAACAAAGCGGCGACAGAAGAAAAAGUGUCCAAGGAGAUCCCGGGGGGAAACGUUCAUCUUGUGGAAGCGGAUUUGACCGAUUACGAUGCACUCAAGAGCGCCGUUGCGGAGGUCGAGAAAGUGACCAGCAGUCUAGACCAUCUGGUUGCAAAUGCCGCAUGGGUAUCUACCUGGUCGGCCUAUGAAGGGAUCGGUGAUCUCGCCGCCAAAUCGCCCAAACAGCUAGACGAGGAUCUUCUAAAUUCGAUCCGCGUGAACGUCCUGGGCAACAUCCACCUGUUCUCGCUGUUUCUGCCAUUGAUUAAGAAAGGUGACGCCAAGAAGGUGAUCACCAUCACGUCCGGAAUGGCAGAUAUCGAAUUCAUCUCAGCCUUUGAUAUUGUCGCGGGAGCGCCGUAUUCGAUCAGCAAGGCGGCCAUGAACGCAACCUAUGCCAAGUUCAGUGCCCAAUAUAAAGAGGACGGGAUCCUCUUCCUGGGCGUCAGCCCGGGACUGGUCGAUACUGGUAGCUAUGAUAAUCAAACCCCGGAACAAGCGGCCGGUGCGGCCAAGAUGGUUGGGAAGUUCGCGACCUAUGCGCCUGGCUUCAAGGGUCCGAUUACUCCUGGAGAGUCGGUUCGUGCGGUCCUCGAGACCAUCCAUAGGGCGGAGAUCAGUAAGGGUUAUGCCGGCGGGUUUGUUUCUCACUAUGGAAACAAGCAGUGGCUCUAG